AUGAGCGGAUUGCGAAUUUUGGUCCCCGUCAAGCGGGUGAUUGACUAUGCGAUCAAACCCCGCAUCAACAAGACGCAGACGGGCGUCGAAACCGCCGGCGUCAAACACUCGCUCAACCCGUUCGACGAGCUCUCGAUCGAAGAAGCGGUGCGCCUCCGCGAACGCAAAGGCCCACUGAAGGUCGAGAACAUCCUCGCGCUCUCCGCUGGCGGAGCCAAGUGCGCCGACACGCUGCGGACGGCGAUGGCGAUGGGGGCGGACCGCGCGUUCCACGUCGAAGUGGCGGACAGCAACGACGGGGGCUUGGAGCCGCUGACGGUCGCGAAGAUGCUGCAGGCGGUGGUGAAGCAGGAGAACAUCAACCUGGUGCUGCUGGGCAAGCAGGCGAUUGAUGGCGACCAGGGCCAGACGGGCCAGAUGCUGGCGGGUCUGCUGGGGUGGCCGCAGGCGACGCAGGCGAGUAAGGUGGAGAUCAAGGAUGAGCAGGGGACGGUGGAGGUCACGCAUGAGGUGGAUGGCGGUGUUGAAACGCUGCGGGCGAAGCUGCCCCUGGUGAUCACGACGGAUCUGCGACUGAAUGAGCCGCGGUAUGCCAGUCUGCCGAACAUCAUGAAGGCGAAGAAGAAGCCGCUGGAGAAGAAGAAGCUGGCGGAUUUUGGCGUGGAGGAUCAGCGGCGAUUGAAGACGAUCAAGGUUACUGAACCUCCUGCGCGCCAGGGUGGUGGAAAGGUCGAGGAUGUGGAUGGUCUGAUUGGCAAGCUCAAGGAGCUUGGUGCUCUGUGA